UUGUUCACUGAUCUACAAGUUUCUGUCAUUUCUUUGCAGAUGUCUGCAGGAAUUAUUGUAAUUAUCCAUUAAUGGUGCCUGAUUUCAUUCGGUUUUACAGCUUGUCUCAUGUUUUUGAACUGCUUUCCUCACAGUUGUACACAGUGGUAACAUGUGCUCUUACUCUGUGUUUUAUUCCUGUAGAAAAAGAAAGUGCCGAGCCCAGCAGGAUGAAGAUCGGCCAUACGUCAAGAAGCCGCCAAAUGCCUUCAUGCUCUAUCUCAAAGAGCAGAGGCCAAAGGUCACUGCUGAACUCAAUAUCCCUGGAAGUGCAGCCGUAAAUGCAGUGGUGGGACAGAGGUGGAAGUCGCUUUCAAACGACCAGAAAGCCAGAUAUUUCGACCAGGCUGAAACAGAAAGACGGAAUCAUGCCAAAGAGCAUCCAGCCUGGUCGACCAAAGAAAACUAUGUAUGUCCAAAGUGCCAACAUGCAGUUCAUACAUGUGUGCAUCACUGCACUGAAUGAUGAAACAGUCACUGCACAGAGUUUGUAUCAGCUAAUGAAAAUUCUACUGUGUUUG